UGGUCAGGUGCCAGCUCUCCCCACCGCAGCGUCCUUUCCAGGCCUCAGCCGUGCUGAGGAGAGUCUCCGAUGAGGAGAAGAAGGAGCCGUUGGCAUCUUCCUCUCAGCAGCAGUCCGAUUCACAUCCAGCCGAUCACCAGCCUGAACAGGGACCUCAGGGCCCUCGCCCCAGUUACACUGGCCAGGGCGGCCAGGAGUCUGAGGACUAUGAGAGCGAGGAGCAGCUGCAGCAUCGAAUCCUCACAGCAGCGCUGGAGUUUGUGCCUGAACAUGGCUGGAGUGCAGAAGCCAUUGCAGAGGGAGCCAAGACCCUGGGUCUCUCUGUUGCUGCCGCGGGGAUGUUUCACAGUGAUGGCAGUGAACUGAUCCUGCACUUUGUGUCUCAGUGCAACACCAAGCUGUCUGAGCUGCUGGAGCAGGAACAAAAACUAGUGCAGUUGGGCGAAGCAGAGAAGAAGCCUACAGAUCAAUUCCUGAGAGAUGCUGUGGAAGUCAGACUGAGGAUGCUGAUUCCAUAUAUUGAGAAAUGGCCCCAGGCUCUGAGCAUCCUGUUGCUCCCGCACAACAUCCCUUCCAGCCUCAACCUCCUCACCAGCAUGAUCGAUGAUAUAUGGCACUAUGCCGGAGACCAGUCCACAGAUUUUAACUGGUACACCCGUCGGGCUGUGCUCACUGGCAUCUACAACACCACCGAACUGGUGAUGAUGCAAGAUUCAUCCCCUGACUUCGAGGAGACUUGGCGCUUCCUGGAAAACAGAGUAGCUGACGCCAUGAACAUGGACAAUACAGCUAAUCAGGUACAGUCCACUGGAGAAGCGGUUGUCCAGGGCCUGAUGGGAGCUGCAGUUACUGUAAGUAAUGCUGAAACCAGCAGGGCC